AUGUCCGCGACGCUAAGAUCAAAUACUCACUUGCAUUUUUUGGCGCCCAAUGAGUUUAAUGUACAUGAUUAUUUCAAGAACAUAUAUGCCCAGAAUUGGAGGUUAAAAAAUUAUCUAAACUAUCGUUUAGAAACCGAAACCGAAAUCCCAACCUGGACUAAUGUUAUUAAUGCUUGGAAGGAUUCACUCGAAAUUAUGACAAAAAGCAAUCAUAAAAAAGUUCCGACCAGUAUAACUUUUUUUUGUAAACAAUUAAUUGAUUUCAAAACGUUUGAAGGAGGGAGUAUCUUAGAACGAUGUAUGGAAUGGUAUAAUAACUUUUACGAGCGUUACUGUGAUCUCCAACUUGCCGAGAGGGUUCAGCGCCUCGAGAAAAAUAUAUAUUCGUCUCAAAAAAUAUCAGAACUGUUACGGAAACAAACCAAUAAAAAAAAGAGAUCACAGAGUGAUAAUGAAGUGGACGCGUCGAAACAGAAAGAAGCGGCCAGCGAGCAAAAAAAGAGAAGAACGAAUGAAAUUUUGACGACAAACUCGAUGGAAGAAUCAACAGAAGUAUCGACGGAAGAAUCGAAGGAAGAAUUGAUCGCCUUAUUUGAUGAAGCGCAUGAAGGUGAAUUAGUUGAAUCCAUUGACGAAUCCAUUUUGGGAGAAGAAAUAUCAUUACCUGUUUCCGAUGAUACUUCAAGGCAAGAAUUUCAUUGUAUCUCUGAUAAAUUCAAGAAAUAUCAGAAUAAAAUUCCAAAGACACAUCGGAUUAUAACAUUAGGGUAUUGGGGAGUUUUUGACUUGACACAAGAGAGCCUUUAUGAGUGUAAGGAGUUUUCCCAAAGCGAAAUUAAUGACAUCUCGCAAGAUUUUGCAAAUCAUGUUCACUGGUCUCCGAAACCAACCCCAAAAAACCUUCAAAAAUAUUUUGAUUCCAAUUGCGAUCCUGUUAAUCUUGAGGAUAAUGAAGACAAAGAAAAACUACACGCGAAUAUUCAAUUUAUGUAA